UGUCGCUGGCAGCUGUCACUCGGCGCAAGCAUUCAAUCGAAAAGCACUUCAUCUCGCAAUCCCUUGAGAGCUCGUCCUGUGGUCGAUCCAGAUCUGUGGUCAGUGCCAGAGCCUUCUGCUGCUGUCUCUCCCCCUCUCUUUCUCGGUGACGAUCGUCUAUCCUCGGCACAAAACGAAGUAGAGUCAAGCUCAUCUCUCCACGAUCAACCUUUGGUCUCUCAAGAGACAUUCCUCGUCCUCUCACCAUGUCUGUCGAGCUCAAUCCCUCCAGCCAGCUCGGCUUCCCCAGACCUCUCACUCAACUCGUCAAGCGAUCCAUGACGAUCCACAAUCCAAACUCCUCGCCUAUCGCUUUCAAAGUCAAGACGACAGCGCCGAAGCAGUAUGUGGUGAGGCCAAACUCGGGGAGAGUGGAAGCAGGGGAGACGCUGGAGGUGCUGGUCCUUCUUCAACCUCUCUCGUCCGAGCCACCACCCCACGCCAAAUGUAAAGACAAGUUCCUCGUCCAAUCAGCAUUCAUCUCACCUGAUGAGGAAAUGAAAUCCCUGGCGGAAAUGUGGUCCGAGACCGAGAAGAACAACAAGAGUGCGAUCAAGGAACAGAAGAUCAAAUGCGCCUACUUGCCCGCAGAGGACGGCUCCGUGCCGAAUGGCAUACCUGAGGAGAAUGAGGAGGCGAACGGUGAUCAGAGCAGAAUGAUGGACGAGUCGCAGGUAUUCGCUGCGCCAGCGUCUCCUUCCCACCCGCACACCGAUCAUGUCCCGUCACCAGCGACAGCGACCUCCUCAGAGAGCCGUUCAGCGCCUCCGUCAGCUGUCAAAGCAGACGAUCCACCCAGCCUCACCGCCGAAGAUAUUGCGACAUCCGGCGCCUCUCCCACCAACGUUGCCCUCGAGCAAUCCACCGCAACAACCUCCUCACCUGACGACAAACUCAAUGUUGCUCUGCGCGAGAUCGACCGUCUGCGUGAAAAGCUCGCCGAGCUUGAGGGUCCCACCGUCACCGGUCUGCGUAAACGUGGAGGUGCCGCUGCGUCAAAUGCCGUUGCAGGUGCCGAAGUGGCCGUGGAAAAAGUCAAAGAAGUGGCGGCAAACUCUGGCGUGCCGAUCGAGAUCGUAGGGGCGUUGGUGCUGGCAGUGUUCGUCUUGACCUAUCUGUUCUUUUAGAUUGUAGGGGAUAUCGAUGCAUGAGAGUUUGAAACGUGGG